AAAAAACUGUUUUUUAAUUUUUUUUUCCUUGUCUUUGCAGUGAUUCAUGACUCCGCCCCAUUUAUUCUCCACCUGCUGCUUUUGGCUGAGCUGUUUGUCCGCACGUCGUCCCGUCCCACCCACAGUUCCUCUAUCUGUGGUUUUUUGGGGUCAAUGAUCCCUCAGGUGGACAGAAUCAUGAUGUUAUCCAAAAAUCUCCAUGGCCUGUCAGAUGAUGAACUUCUGAACCUCGCUGCUGUUGACAACAGACUUGAUGAUCUUCCUCACAUUCAGCAAACUGCUGCUCAUUUCACUUCACGGAAGGUGAAUGAGUCUCUCUCUCAGCUUCACGUCUACACUCAGUCUUUUAAGCUGCACAUUGACUGGCUGAUAACUGCUCAAUUCAACUUCAGUUUGCCCACGCAGCCAGCUGAGGGCGCCAGUGCUCACCUGCUGCAGCUGUCCACUCUCAUCCACACAUCUUUACAUCAGAUGCACGAAACGUCUACUCAGGCUCCGCCUCCCUCCCUACCUGUUGCCGCCUCCACCUUUGACGUGCUCCAGUUCUCUGUGGAGAUUUCUGAGCGGCUUCACGUCUUCUGUAACUGGUCCAGGAGACUUUUACGGCAUCUCCAGAAACUCUCGCGCUGCCCUCGACGUUAAGACCUUUGACGUCACUGUAGAGCAAAAAAAGAAAACCACUGUUAACUUUUGCGAUUUUUACCCAGCAAGGCAUUAGCAUAGCAAUGCUAGCAACCAGAGCCGGAUUAACGCAAAGGCAAACUAGGCACGUGCCUAGGGCCCGAUUGGCAGGGGGCCCAGACAGAGGGACAAUCAUAACCUAAAACGUUUCAGCUGUCAGGGCGUUCUGAGGACAGUCUGCUCCGAUCGACAGUCGCGCUGGGGGCAGGCGGGCGG